AAAUACUUAUAUAGGAAAUAACAUCACACAUAGGAGUGUUCAGCAUAACAUUUAUUAAAAUUGAAGGUGGGCCACGAAAACUUCUAAAGUCAAAAUAGGAAUAAGAUUUUCCGUAUUUUUUUAGCUAAAACAGUAUCUAUAAAAUCAUACAUUUAAUUGGAACCAUAAAUUGAGAAAAAGUUCAAUCGUUGAAACCUAAUAUAUAAAUAGCGAUCAACAUCGUUGUGUUUGUUUACAUCCCAAAAUUUGCAAAAUUUUGAUAAUAAUAUCGAAUAGCUUGUAAUGAAAUAAAACCAAUAUUAUGCACUAGAGUUUAUGUUUAUUCCUUAUGAAUAUAUUAUUUAUAAAGGAAAAACAUAAAACAGUGGUUAAUUGCCCAACCAAAAGUUUCAACAUAAAAAUUUGGCAGUGAAGAAAUAAAAAAAUAAAAUAGUUGAGUCACCACUUUUAACGCUUACGCAGGGACACUUAAAAAAUAGGUAAUAAUGGAGGACUACAAAUUUCUUUUCAAAAUUGUACUUGUUGGCAAUGCGGGUGUGGGAAAAACUUGUUUAGUGCGCAGGUUCACACAAGGUUUAUUUCCACCUGGCCAAGGAGCCACCAUCGGCGUUGAUUUUAUGAUCAAAACUGUGGAAGUUGAAGGCGAAAAAAUAAAGCUACAAAUAUGGGAUACUGCAGGUCAGGAACGUUUUCGAUCAAUAACACAAAGUUAUUAUCGGUCAGCACAUGCACUGAUUCUUGUUUAUGACAUAAGCUGUCAACCGACAUUCGACUGUUUACCUGACUGGUUGCGUGAAAUACAGGAAUAUGCGAAUUCGAAAGUUUUAAAAAUACUCGUUGGCAAUAAAACAGAUCGCGAUGAUCGAGAAAUACCAACACAAAUUGGUGAAGAAUUUGCUAAACAACAUGAUAUGUAUUUUCUUGAAACAUCAGCCAAAGAAGCCGAAAAUGUUGAACGCCUAUUUUAUGAGAUUGCAGCUGAGCUAAUUGAUCAGGCGCGCAGUAAAGACGGCACAAAUGUGAAUAAAACUACCGCAGAUGCAAUUGGACUUGGUAAUUUUGGCACAAAAGCAACUCAAAAUAGUUGUUGUAGCGGUUUUAGCAGCAAUACUAGUCAAACAAAUUGUGAAAACGGUAACAGUAGAAGCAACACUUAGGUAAAAGUAAUUACCGACAUUUAUAAAUAUUUGACGAACAUAGCUUUUAGAUAUAUAUAAAAUUAAGGUUUAAAAUGUACAUGGAUACGUAGUCACACAAGUAUAUCGGACAGUUGUAUAUUCGUUUUAAGAAAUAUAAUUUUAAGUUCAUACACGAAAAAGGCAUACGGUAUUAUCGUUUAUACUGCCUCUACCCUUAGUUAUUGAAAUUAAUCUAUAGUUUUUAAGUUUAUUAUUUACUUUAUGUGAUCAAUUAUAAAACAUUUAUAAACUAUAUUUUAUGUUUUCGACCGAAUCCAUUUAUACUAAGACAAGAAUAUUAAAAUUUUUAUUUUGACCAAAUCCCUUAAGUUUUCAACAAAUAAUUGGAACUUAAAGCUCUACAUAACAUAAAAAUAGCGUUUGAGCUGUUUUGGUUUCUAAUACAUUACAAUUAAGGUGAACUAAAAAAAUGAGCCAAAUGGAAGCGAACGUAGAAAUAAAAAAAAAAUUUAAGUAUACAUGCUAUGUAUUUAUGUGAUUGCAAAACACAUGAAAAUACAUGUUUCUGUUCAAAACUUUUGAAUUAGGUACCUUUGCAGAGUUAGACAAUUUAAUUUAGCAAUAAGUUAUAACUCGACACAUAUUUUAAUCUCACACUUUGAUGAUAAGUUUCAAUUGACACUUUAAGUGUUUUACUUUCAUCCGUCCUGGUAAUACUAUUUUCAGUUAUUAGUUAGAGUAUUUUAGUAUAUAUGGUAUUAUUUUUUGCCAAGAAAUUAUUAGAACUUAAAAACUCUAAGGCAGCAUUUUCAUAAAAAUUUUUUUUAAACAGAUACAGUCCAAUAGUGUAAACUUAUGGAAUCGUUAUGUGACAGAGAUACUAUCCAUAAAAAAUGCUAUAAUUUUUAUGAAACAAAGCAUCUUAACAGUGCCUGUUGACUACGAGAAAAAAAACCAAAGAUUACUUUGGCUAUAUUUCCGUUUGGGUUUCAUAUCCGAUUUUCUUCAAAAUACAAAAAAAUUUUUAAGUCAUUAGGAAAAAUGUCGCUUGUGCCGGAAAUUAAAAAAGUCGGAAAAAAUUAAUUUUUUCAUUAAAAUUUUGCUUUUUUUAAACUAUGUAAAAAAAAAAAAUAAUUUAAUUUGACACAAAAUUCUUUAUACUGUUAAAAAGAAGAUUAUAUUUGUCUUGUUUGGCCUAAAUUAAAAAAAAAUUGGAUAUAUACAUCUUGAGGAUGUUGGGUCGGCCAGGUUUGACAAAUAAAAAUGAUAUAUUUAUAAAUAUAUUAAUAUUUGUGGAAAACAAAGUUUUGAAAAAAAAAUUCCAUCAAAAAAGACACAUGGGAAAUUUUUCUAUUUACACAGGAAUAUUUGUAUACAUUUUGAAGUAAAUCGAGGUGCGACCUAAUCGGAGGCAUAGAAGAAAUUUUCUUUUUUAAUUAAUGCUGUUUAAAUUUAUAACAAUUUAAAAUUUUUAUUUUUAUAAUUAUAAUUUUUUGUAUGGAGUACUCAUUGUGUUCACAAGUCUUAAAAUUAUUAAACUCAAUUACCACAUUACAAUAAAUGCAGAUCAAAAUAACUUGCAGGACUGCAGUAUGGUAUAGGAUUGACUACUGCUUUCAAGUUCCUGAAAAUUAUAAGUCCAACUUGUCCAACUUUUUACGAACAGUUAAAACUAUAUUUACUAUGGUGACCAAAGCCGUCUAUUUUAAAAAGGUGCAAAGAAUACUAAAUAAUAUUCGAUAUA